GCCAGCUGUCAAAGUCGGGUGCCCACAGUACCUGCUCCCCCUCCCUCCCUAAAGGACCGCAGUGUCUGGUCAUGCCCUGUACUGUCUGCCGUCUCUGGUCAUCCCCUGUACUUUCCGCAGUCUCUGGUCAUCCCCUGUACUGUGUCCACAGUCUCUGGUCAUCUCCUGUACUGUCCGCAGUCUCUGGUCAUCUCCUGUACUGUGUCUGCAGUCUCUGGUCAUCUCCUGUAGUAGGUCCGCAGUCUCUGGUCAUCUCCUGUAGUAUGUCCACAGUCUUUGGUCAUCUCCUGUACUGUGUCCGCAGUCUCUGGUUAUCUCCUGCACUGUGUCUGCAGUCUCUGGUCAUCUCCUGUACUAUGUCCGCAGUCUCUGGUCAUCUCCUGUACUAUGUCCACAGUCUCUGGUCCUUCUCCUGUACUGUGCCUGCAGUCUUUGGUCAUCUCUUCUACUGUCUGCAGUCUCUGAUCAUCUCCUGUACUGUGUCUGCAGUC